AUGUGUUGUGUGUCCGUGUUGUCUGCAGAGGGGCUGAAUCGGGUCCGGCCUGCCGUGUACCGAGCCGCCAUGAAGCUCCAGUCUCUGCAGAGACUCUGUGAACUGCACGUGGUCUCUCUCACACAGCUGCUUCCAGCUCUCCCCUCACCAAUCGGAGGCUGGAAUCAGGACGUUUGCCUCAGCCGUGAGGAAGUGACACGGGCUCUAAACAGGAUGUUCCACAGUGUGUCACAGGAAGUACCUGGUCAGGUAACCCUGGAGGCCCCACAGCAGACCUGCAAUCUGAUUUACAAGCUCUAUGACCGGGAUAACAGGGGUGUUGUGUCUGGCAGGUCACUGAAGACAGCGCUGAUUGCGCUGUGUGCAGACACCCUCUCAGCUAAACACAGGGCUCUGGUGAGUGUGGCAGAGAGGAGCAGCAAGGAGAGAGGAGUCGUCAGCAGGAGCAGCAUGAGGGUCUUGCUGCAGGAUCUGAGUCAGGUUCCCUCUGCGGUCCAGGAGGAGUGCAUAUUCGGUUGUGUAGAUGCAGCAGUCACAUCUUGUUUCCGCAGCGUGCUCACCCCCAGUGUGUGUGGGGACCAUGUGUUGUCAUGGUUACAGAGCGAGCCUCGCCUGCUGCUCUGGCUGUCGACUGUGUACCGUCUGUCCGUCAGUCAGAAUGUCACACACGCCGUACGCUGCCACGCCUGCAGCACCUCCCCCAUCACCGGCCUCAGGUAUCGAUGUAUGAAGUGUGUAAAUGUUCAUCUGUGUCAGAGCUGCUUCCUGGCUGACAGACAGACCAAGAAACACAAAAACACACACCCUGUAAUGGAAUACUGUUCACAGCCAUCAUGGAGGGAGUCUCUGGCAUCACUGGCCAGCAAUGCCCGCUACACCCUGUUGCCACGGCGAUACAGACGGCGGGAGGUGGUGAGGAGGAGAGGCUUGACAUGUGAGGAGUCAGCAGAGUUCCACAUCAGCUCGACUCCUGUCCUGGACUCACCCGUCCUGGACUCACCAGACACUCACAGGCCUGGCCAUCCAGACUUCAGAACUCCUUCCCAUGAAGCACCUCCUGCUCCUUCUCUCUGCUCCCCUCCUUCCACACUUCAGUCCAAAGCCCUGCAGACUGAGGAGGAUGCGCCCACUCUCCAGCAGACCAGACAGCGUGGGCUGUUGAAGGAAGUCAGAGAUCUGCAAAAAGACAAAUGGCUCCUAGAACAGGAGUUCCAGGCGUGGCGAGUGACUGUCCAGUCAGAGCAGGGUGUUCUGGAAGACAGGUGUUCUGAGAUGGAGGUUACCAUGGAAAUGCUGAGGCAGCAAAACCUCCAGCUGCACGACAUGCUAACACAGACACAGAUGCUGAGCAGGACGGAGACACAGCAACACAACAACAACAUACAACCCGCCAACAACACACAAUACACAAUCCACAUGAACCCAGCUGGAGAAGCUGACCGCUCCCACACACCCUCCGGACUGGAUGGAGCAGGAGAGGAGCAGAGCAAGACAAGAGAAGAGGAGACAGACAUUGAGAGUGAAAUAAACUCCGUGGAGGACAGAGGAGAGGAGCAGUGGACAGGGGAGGACAGAGGAGAGGAGCAGUGGACAGGGGAGGACAGAGGAAAGAAGCAGUGGAUAGGGGAGGAGAGAGGAGAGGAACACAUCAGUGGUCUGAUGGAGGUGCAGCUGUCUGAGGAUGAGGAGGAAGAGGAUUACAGCACUUGUAGUCCCGUGGAGCUGGAGGAAAAACUACAAGAGCUGCUUCUGAUGAGCGUGUUCAGCACCAUCAGAGGAGCACCAUCUGAGCAGCACCAUCAGAGGAGCACCAUCAGAGGAGCAGCAUCAGUGGAGCAGCAUCAGAGGAGCAGCAUCAGAGGAGCACCAUCUGAGCAGCACCAUCAGAGGAGCACCAUCAGAGGAGCAGCAUCAGUGGAGCACCAUCUGAGCAGCACCAUCAGAGGAGCACCAUCUGAGCAGCACCAUCAGAGGAGCAGCAUCAGUGGAGCACCAUCAGAGGAGCAGCAUCAGAGCAGCACCAUCAGAGGAGCACCAUCUGAGCAGCACCAUCAGAGGAGCAGCAUCAGUGGAGCAUCAUCAGAGGAGCACCAUCAGAGCAGCACCAUCAGAGGAGCAGCACCAUCUGAGGAGCAGCAUCAGAGCAGCACCAUCAGAGGAGCAGCAUCAGUGGAGCAUCAUCAGAGGAGCACCAUCUGA